ACUUUCCCCUCCAGAACCAUCUGGGUCCAGCGACCAGAUAGAGAUCAGGACAAUUAGAGAUGGCUCUAUAUGUAGCUGAAGAAACAUACUCAAAAGAAAGGAAAUAAUUUGCUCAGGAUCUACAUGUUUAAGUGUUGGAUAUUGGAUUAGAAUUAAAGUUUUAUGACUUGCUAUAAUAUGAACUGAUUAAUACAAUCUAACAAAAAAAAAUAAUCCUCCCAGAUCAUAACUAAGAGGGAAACUUUCUAUAAAUGGAAACCAGAAAUAGGUAAACAUGUCUAUAUCCCAUGGUGACUUUUCUGUCCUAGCUGGUAACUUCUUAGAAAUGCCACGUUAGGAGUCACAGCUCCAAAUCUAAAGUUAGAAACCGUAUCGGGCUGUUAAGUAAGAGGGGUCAGCUUACAGCUGCUAAGGGAGCUCAUUUGAUACAUGAGCGUCAAUUAUAGAAAAGCUUUCAAGAUGGCUAAAACUCAAUUUUAAAUGAAAUACUGUACCAAAUAUUGUCCACUGUAGUUACUUAGACAAGCAGUUAUGCUGCUAAAUCAAGUAACUAAAGUUAGUAUAGCAUAAAGACACCUCGACUCUCUCAAAGUACAGGAAUUCAUGAGAAAGCAAUAGUGGAAUAUAAUAUAAGGUACCUUUAACACCCCCAAUUUUAGCAUAUUUCAAUCAUCUUUUCUGUUUAUAGUUAGAGUUGGAUUGUAUUCAGCAAGUGCUAUUGAAAGAUUUCUUUUAAGUUCUUCUUGACCUUGAAUAUCACCUAAGUGGACCCAGAACAUUGGACCUUCGUAUAAUUGCCUGCUAAAGAGUGAAAAAUCUAAAUAUAACAACCUGCCCUCCUACUAGGCAAAAUGAGAAGAUCAAAAGCACAGCUGCUAUCUGUGCCUUUCAGAAUUGUGAAUAUAGAGCAAUGUCUACACCGUGCUGAACAUCUAGUUGAAAACUGAGAGAAAAAUGCUAUCAGUCUUCAUCUAAUUGUUUGCAAAUAUGUUGAAGAUAGAAGGUCCAGAUUUGUACCUGAUUUUUUCAGAUCUGAUCCAGAUUUUUGGUGCUAUAUAGACACUCCCUUAUAUAUCAGAGUUUGACAGUAUUUUUCAAGAAAUAUUAUGGAAUUUGAGCUUCAAGCUUAAUAAUCAGAAAAUACUUUACCUUAAAACUCAUUUCAGUGAAUACACAAUAACAGUGGUCAAAUUAUCCCUCUAAGCCCUAUCCUAAUCAGUUUUCCAUAAUUUUUUUCUCUAUCUCUUUAAAAAAAAAAUCAGCCUUCAUAAAUGCACAAGGCUAUAUAUGUUAACAAGUCGAUUCAAAUUUGAACAUCAACCUAUAUUUUCUUUCUCACUUUUUAAAUUCCAUGUAUCUUCUCAAAACCCUAUGAGGAACCAGCCCAUUUACCAUUUGGCAGAAUUCAUUCUGGAAUAGCUCGAAUCUUGUUGCUUUCUUCCUCUCAUUUUUUUUUUUUUUUGCAAAGCUAAAUUAACAAAGAGUACUUGGUUAGUCAUGUUAGACAAGCUGUUCCCAAAAUAGCACCUUCCAUUUUGGUAUCUUCAGCUUUGCAGCUGCUGUCUCUCUCCGUUGUCUGGGAAGAAAACUUUAACAUUAAGAGUUGCUGAUGUAGAUUUUUUCCCCCUCCAGUUGACGAGGGAUUGGGCCCUGACAGAAGUUAUCUGGCUCUAAGCUUUGUAGUUUGGAAGAACUUGGUCUAUAGAUUUUUGCCUAACUUUCAAUUGAUGUGUUUAGCUUCAGUGGGAGUAAUACAAUCACUUAAACCAUGUUGUCGUCUCAAGGAGUUUUGCUACAUCCCUACGGCGUGCCUAUGAUUGUGCCCGCAGCACCGUACUUCACGGGACUUGUUCAGGGUAAUCAGGAAGCUACAGCAGCUCCUGACACUAUGGCACAGCCUUAUGCCUCCGCCCAGUUUGCUCCCCCUCAGAAUGGCAUCCCUGCAGAAUAUACGGCUCCCCAUCCUCAUCCUGCUCCAGAGUACACAGGCCAGACUACAGUCCCAGAGCACACGUUAAACAUGUACCCUCCAGCGCAGACGCAUUCUGAACAGAGUGCCACGGACACGAGUGCGCAGACUGUCUCCGGCACAGCCACACAGACAGAUGAUGCAGCACAGACUGAUGGCCAGCCUCAGACACAACCUUCUGAAAACACAGAAAACAAAUCACAGCCCAAGCGGCUGCAUGUCUCAAAUAUCCCCUUCAGAUUCCGGGAUCCGGACCUCAGACAAAUGUUUGGGCAAUUUGGUAAAAUCUUAGAUGUUGAAAUAAUUUUUAAUGAGCGAGGCUCAAAGGGAUUUGGUUUCGUAACUUUCGAAAAUAGUGCCGAUGCGGACAGGGCGAGGGAGAAAUUACACGGCACCGUGGUAGAGGGCCGUAAAAUCGAGGUAAAUAAUGCUACAGCACGUGUAAUGACAAAUAAAAAGACGGUCAACCCUUAUACAAAUGGCUGGAAAUUGAAUCCAGUUGUGGGUGCAGUCUAUAGUCCUGAAUUCUAUGCAGGCACGGUGCUGUUGUGCCAGGCAAACCAGGAGGGAUCUUCUGUGUACAGUGCCCCCAGUUCACUAGUAUACACUUCCACAAUGCCUGGCUUCCCUUAUCCAGCCGCAACUGCAGCUGCUGCUUACAGAGGAGCCCACCUCAGAGGCCGUGGCCGUACAGUCUAUAACACCUUUCGAGCAGCGGCUCCUCCUCCCCCAAUCCCAGCCUACGGAGGAGUAGUGUAUCAAGAGCCUGUGUAUGGCAAUAAAUUACUGCAGGGUGGUUAUGCUGCCUACCGGUAUGCCCAACCCGCCACCGCCACUGCGGCUGCCUACAGUGACAGAAAUCAAUUCGUCUUCGUUGCAGCAGAUGAAAUUUCUUGUAACACCUCUGCAGUUACGGACGAGUUUAUGCUGCCGACCCCUACCACCACACACUUGCUCCAGCCCCCACCUACGGCGUUGGUGCCAUGCCCCAAGGUUCAAGUCCCACCACAGACUACAGAGGAGCUAAGCUGCAGACUUCCAGGCCUCUGCUGUCAGGCAGCUGAAAACCUGACUGUUCCUCCUCCCAUAUUACAGUUCAUGUUUAAAAUGAUAGUCGCCCAAGAAAGAAAAUAGAGAAAGGAACAUAGUGUGCGUGUGUGUGUGUGUGUGUGUGUGUGUGUGUGUCCAACUCAAGUAUAAUUAGAAUGAAUUAUCUUGGUUUUGGUUAUUUUUUGUUUUGUGAUGAAUUGGGGAGGGGUUAAAUAUGGGAGGUAAGGUGGGGAUAAAUUUGUCUGUACUUGUUUGAAAUUCUAUGCACUAAAAUUCUGAGUACAUACAGUAAGAUGUAUCCAUCACAUGAAAGCGUAUGCAAUCAUUACAAUGCUUUUGGCAUACAGUCUUAUACUUAAAUCAAAAAUUUAAAUCAUAUUUCGAAACACAUCCUUCUAGGUUGUCAAUUGAAAUGCCAGUGCUUUUGCAAGAGAAAGUAAUCAGUUAAGUGCCAAGAUAUGCCCAUUGUAAGUCAUAAUGGGAAAUUACUUUUUGUUUGGUUAUAGAAAUAAGGCUAUUAUUUAGAAACUAUUCAGCGUAAGCUUGUCUAUAUCAACUAAUGUUUUUCUCCCCAACUAUCUUCUCAAAAUAUUUUUGAAGUCCUAUUUGACCUAUUUAGAAAUGAAAGACAAAAGAGAUAAUACAAAAAACUUUCCAAGUUACUAAGCAAACCAGCAGUAUAGAUGGCAUUGACUCAAAAUAAUAUGAAUGAAUGACUUGAGUGCUAUCAUCUAGCUCAUAAGACCUAAAUUAGGAAAGGGUCUUAGAGAUAGAUUAUCCCAACCAAGAAUUCUUAAUCUGUGGUCUAUAGACCUUUUACGGAGUCCAUGGAUACAUUUUCAGGGGUCCUUGAAAUUGCAUUGUUAAAAAAAAAAAAAGAUGCAUCUUUGUUUCAAUACUAGUGAUUUCCUUUGAAAUCCUAUUUAUGCAUUUAAAAACAUAAUCCUAAGAAGGCCUUGCCAAACUGCUAAAGGAGUCAGAACACAGAUCACGAAUUCUUAAUUCUUAUUUAACUUCAUCUUUUAUAUGAAAGGGAAAUAAAAGGCAGAGAAAAGAUGUCCUAUAAGUAGUUAAGGAGCUGGCCCAUUAUUUAGACCCAAGUCUUUUGAUUCCAAUGUCAAAUAUAGUGUCAUAUAAUAAAUAUAGCACACAGUUGUCUGUAUCUCAUUCUACCAUGAUAUAAAUCAGAGUUUCUUAAACUUUUUUCACUCAUGACCCCUUCUUGCCUGAAGAAUUCUUACUUGGCUCUGGGUAUAUAGGUAUACAAAUCAAACAUUUACUGAUAAUGUUAACUCCCAUAUUUAUUUGUGAGACCCCAUUUAGGGUCAUGAACCACAGUUUAAGAAGCUGGUAUAUAUAGUUAACAGUUGCACAAUUUUUUUUUAAAUGUAGUUUGGCAUAUUGGGAGAAUUUAGUUAAACAAAAUUUAGUUAAACAGCCAAUUGUUUGAAUUUAAUCAAUUAUAUAAUUUUUUUGACCAAAAAUAUGUAGUCAAGGUCCAAUUUACAAUAGAAGAGAUAAGUAAAUAAGACUUCUUCCUCUUCUCUAAAGUUAGCUCCCAAUCACAUUAAACUCUAAGGGAUGGUUUAAAAUUAAAAUAAUUUUAUAAUGAUUUACUUUCAAUGUCUCAUAUCUUUCUUCUGCAAAGAGGGCUAUUACCUAGGGUUUGGAAGUCUCUUGGUUAUACAGAUUCUACAUAUUUUCAUUAUAAUAGGAUUUCUUGAAAUAAGAUUUACUUCAGAAUUGGCUUUCUUAGAACAAUUAUGAGUUAAGUAACCCUUUUUUAGGGCAUAAAAGUACACUAUUGUGAAGUCUGGGGACAGAUGGGGAGGAGGGAAACAUACCCAAAGCCUCCCAUGCACUCUCUGCUUAUUUUUAAUUUUCUUUUUAAAAAAAUUAUUUUAAACAUUAGGCUUUUUGCUAAUCCACUUGUUAAAGAAGUAAAAUGUAAAAAACAAUCCAUCAAAUUGCU